CGAACGGUAGUGCAAAACAGACGGAGAGGAGAGCAGGGAGUGGAGAGUGUCAUUUUCGGGUGUGCAGCCCUCCUGCUGUGACUCCUCCCUCUUGGCUGAGUAGGCGGAGCUCCUGGAAGCCCACCCUGCAUCAUGGCUUCCACACCAGUGUCCACCUCCAGCCCCCAAGAGGAGAGCCCCAGUAAGACCGUGACGCUCCCUGAGGUGCCCUUGUUGCCAGGGGAGGAGAGGGUUAUCGACAAAGACAUCAUCUACAUGUGUCCCUUCAGCGGUGCUCUUAAAGGGAAGGUCUUCAUCACCAACUACAGGCUCUUCUUUAAGAGCACUGAUGUGGAACCUGUAGUCGUCCUUGACGUACCUCUGGGAGUCAUCAGUAGAGUGGAGAAAAUGGGUGGGGCCUCCAGCCGAGGAGAGAAUUCAUACGGUCUUGACAUCACCUGCAAGGACAUGAGGAACCUGAGGUUUGCACUGAAGCAGGAGGGCCACAGUAGGAGAGACAUCUUUGAGAUCCUGUUUCGUCACGCCUUCCCCCUCUCACAUAACCUGCCACUGUUUGCGUUUCUGAGCCAGGAGAAGUUUGCAGACAAUGGCUGGAAUGUCUAUGAUGCCAAGCAUGAGUUUGCACGGCAGGGCUUGCCCAAUGACAAGUGGAGGAUCACCCACCUGAACCAGAACUAUGAGCUGUGUGACACGUACCCCACCGUCCUGGUGGUCCCAAAGAAGGCCACGGACGAGGACCUACGCAAGGUGGCCGCAUUCCGCUCCCGUGGCCGCAUUCCAGUGCUGUCAUGGAUCCACCCAGAGAACCAGGCCGUAAUCGUGCGCUGCAGCCAGCCUUUGGUGGGAAUGAGUGGGAAGCGAAGCAAGGAUGAUGAACGCUACCUGGAGCUGAUCCGCGAGGCUAACGGCACCGUCCGGCUUACCAUCUUCGACGCCAGGCCUAACGUCAAUGCCGUAGCCAACAAGGCCACAGGUGGUGGGUACGAGGGUGACGACGCCUACCAGAAUGCUGACCUGGUGUUUCUCGAUAUACAUAACAUUCAUGUGAUGAGGGAGUCCCUGAGGAAGCUGAAGGACAUUGUAUACCCCAACGUGGAGGAGUCCCAUUGGCUGUCCAGCCUGGAGUCCACACACUGGCUGGAACACAUCAAGCUGGUGCUGGCUGGAGCCAUCCAGGUGGCGGACAAGGUGUGGUCUGGCAGCUCAGUGGUGGUGCACUGCAGCGAUGGCUGGGACCGUACUGCGCAGCUCACCUCGCUGGCCAUGCUUAUGUUGGACGGCUAUUACCGCACGCUGCGUGGCUUCCAGACCCUCGUGGAGAAGGAGUGGCUCAGCUUUGGCCACAAGUUCGCCUCUAGAAACGGACACGGUGACAAAAACCACACCGAUGCCGACCGCUCUCCCAUCUUCGUGCAGUUUAUUGACUGCGUCUGGCAGAUGACCAAGCAGUUCCCCACUGCCUUUGAGUUUAAUGAGCGCCUCCUAGUGGCCGUGCUGGACCAUCUCUACAGCUGUCGCUUUGGCACCUUUCUCUACAAUUGCGACAGUGCCCGCAACACCAAUGAUGUGAGGACAAAGACCGUGUCCCUGUGGUCAUUAAUCAACAGCGAUAAGGCCUUCUACACCAACCCCUUCUAUACCGUGGAGUCCAGCCGUGUUUUGUAUCCUGUGGCCAGCAUGCGCCACCUAGAGCUUUGGGUGACUUAUUACAUCCGGUGGAACCCCCGUAUCCGGCAUCAGCAGCAGAGUCCUAUGGAGCAGCGCUACAGGGAGCUGCUAGCACUCAAGGCAGAGUACCUGAAGAAACUGGAGGAACUGCAGUUGUCCGACAGUGAUGCACACCUGUCCAACAGCUCUGCCCCAUCUGCUCAGCAGGCCGAACAGCUGUCAAACAGCACAUCGCUGCCAACUCAGCGGGUCACACACAUGUCCAACAGCACUGCCCCAUCCACUCAGCAGGUCACACACCUACAGACCCCCUUCUGAUUUCACUUCUUGUUUGCAUUUAAGGGGCUUAAUGCAGCAAUAACAGGACUAAUGCUAUAGUGGGAAAGCAAUAAGUCACAGCUCUGCCUUGACAAUGGCAAAGAUACCACAAAGACGCCUUAAGAAUGUGUGUGGUAUGUUUGUGUAUGUGUGUAAACUUGGGAAAAGACUUCCUUUUGAUGCCUUGAUAAACAAGCUUGUCUCGCUUCUUUAACUGACAGCUUGUCCAAACCCUCCUUGCAAGGGAGGUCCGUGAGUCGAAGCUAGUGUGCUCUAUGAAGGAUGGUGCAGGUGUCGCCGAUUUGUACUGUGCGUAUUUCAUACUCAGUGGCAGCCUGUAAAAAGGUUGUGUAGUUUUUAAUUUUUUUUUUUUUCUUUUUUCGUGUAAAGAUACUUUGCACGGUACCCUUUAAUGGAAAGGGUUUGAAAGCUGGUUGCUUUGGUACAGCUGGGGAGAAAACCCUGAUUAAACAAUAGUCCUGUUUAUGUUUGGAUUUUUAGUGCGUAAACUUCCUGUGUUCUUGGUGUAGAAGACAUUGUGUUUCCAAAUCUUGCCGCGGGUCAGGAAGAUGAAAUAGUGUCAGUAACGAGUGUGCAAUACCUGAGCUCCAUCGACAGGUGCACAUGAUGCCCAAACAGGUAUGCUUCCUACCUUCCUUUCCUCCAGAAGGCACCAGUCAGCCCGCCCCUCCACCCCCCCAAGGAGCGGCCCUGCAUUGCCAUGAGCCAUGAGGGUGUUGUGAUUUGGGUACCCAGUGAGGCAUUUGCCCAAGGCUGUGUGGGUGCGAGGCCCCAGAAAGCCAUCAGAGGGGCGGAGCCUCCUGGCAUGUCAGCAGCUAAGGGGCCUCGGUAGGACAGGAGGAAGGAAGCAGCACAAAUCACCAUAGCAGUUUAUGGAACAAAGGUUUUUUUUUUUUAUUUUUUUAUUAUAAAUAUG